UAUGUCUGGGUAUGACAUUAGUCGAUUUCAGCCUUAACCUCAAUAACAUUUGAUGUGCUUGGUUUGCAAUAAAGUGGUUAAAGAUCCAUUAGAAUGCAAUUUUUGCGGUUAAAUGUACUGCAGUGAUUGUGUGGCAACAAAACCUCCAUGCAAAAGCAAAGAUUGUUGUUAUCCACCAAAUUCUUCAGAAAAUAUUCCAUAAUACAUUAAAAUUUAAGGAGCAAUGCUUAAAGUAUAUAAGAACUUGCAAUUAUAUUGCUUAAAUCCUGAAUGCAAAAAAUUAUGCUCAAUUAUUGAUAUUGAAUAACAUCAAAAUUAAUGUAUAAGAGUUAAAUGUUUAAAUCAUGAUAAUUGUAAAGAAUAUUUAUCAACUGAGGAAAACAAGUAUUGUUAUUAAUAAUUUUUAGGUAAACAUCAUUUUGUAGCUUAUUAUGUGAGCUGACAGUACAAUUGUUUGAAAAUGCAUCAGAUCAUAGAAAAUAAUAUGAAAUUAUCAAAAAAUUUUAACCAAAGUUAUCUGGAUCUGGAUCAGGAUCAAUCAAUCUAUCCACUAAUAAGUCAAUUCAAAUAAUUUAAAUACAACCUAGUAUGAAUAUUGAGGGAGGUCUUAAUUUUAAAUGGGAUAAAAAUAAAUGUGGAUCAGGUAUUCUAUUGACAAGCGGAGAUACUUGUGUCUUUCUUAAAGAAAGCUCAUAUAUUUUCAGAACAGUCUUGGGAGAUCAAGUAAUAUACAAUUAAAUAUAUUUAGGGAUUUGAAAAUGGUGUUCAUUAUUGGGAAAUUGAAGCAGAUAGUAGAACAGAAAAUGAAUUAAAAAUUGGAGUUUGUUAAGGAAAUAACAUUAACUUGAAUGCUGCAUUUUGUGAUUUAAAUUAAGGCUUUGCUUAUUAUGGAUUAGCAUAAUUAAGAAAUGGAAGCAAUGCAUCAGGUUAAACUUAUGGAAAAAGAUUCAAAAAAGAAGGGGUUCUUGGAGUUUGUUUAAACAUGAUUAAUGGUACUCUUAAUUAUAAUUAUUUUAGGUACACUCUCUUUCUCAUUAAAUGGUGAAUUUAUGGGCAUAGCUUUUAGAUCUGAAUUACUUAAAAAAGGACCAAUUUAUGCUGCAGUAGCAUUACUGCAUUGUGCUGGCUGCACUCUUAAAACUGGAAAACCAAAACCUUCCUAUAUGGAAUGAU